UCCCUGACAUCCAUCCAACUCUGCAAAUCCUGACACCAUGAGCUACUACGGCGGCUACUAUGGAGGCCUGGGCUAUGGCUAUGGCUCUGGUUAUGGCUGUGGAUGUGGCUCCUUCCGUGGCCUAGGCUAUGGCUGCGGUGGCUGUGGCUAUGGAGGUCUGGGCUAUGGCAGCUAUGGCUGUGGAGGCUGUGGCUAUGGAGGCCUGGGCUAUGGCGGCUAUGGCUAUGGUGGCUAUGGCUAUGGCUGCUGCCGCCCAUCUUGCUGUGGAAGGUAUUCUUCUUAUGGCUUCUACUGAAAAGCUACUUGUUCCUGGCCUUUGAUGGAAUCCUGGUCCCUCCCUGCUUUGGCCUAAUUCCAAGACCUCAUAAAAAGAUGUCACAUUCCAUCUGUUUCUAAAACCAGGUGGCUUUGGAGAGCUACCUCAAGAAGACCUUAGAAUCCCUCCAGUCCAUGCAGGACAGCCAAGUAGCAAGGAUGGAGAAGCAACAGGUCCUGUCCUUCUGGGAAAUGAUGCAGAACCUCAUCUUUCAUGAGGGAGAAUUCUCCAACAAGAGUUCAUUUCCAGAAAGUUUGCUCAGAUACAACAAAACUGAGAUGUUUGUAACAAUGUUCUAAUAAAUAUGUUUCUCUG